GGCUGCCGAUGAAGUCACCGCCGCUCGGCCAGCUCCGGGAAUCGCUCUAGCCGACGACGAAGGCAGCAUCAUUCACCGCAGCGACCGGCUCUCGAGUUCCUCCUCUCCUCCGGCACCUGCUGCCAGGCGUCCAGGCGGCGGGCGUCCCCAGGCGGCUCCGCGCCCCGAAGUCGGGCUCUUUUUGCGGUUCCGAGGAGCUCUGAGUCCCCGCUGACUCGCGGCGCUUUCUCUGCCCGAAUCCUCCGGCCGAGAUGCCUUCGGACCGGCCUUUCAAACAGCGGCGGAGCUUCUCGGAUCGUUGUAAAGAGGUGCAGCAGAUCCGGGAGCAGCAUCCAAACAAAAUUCCAGUUAUUAUUGAAAGAUACAAGGGAGAGAAGCAGCUGCCUGUGCUGGAUAAGACCAAAUUUCUAGUCCCUGACCAUGUCAACAUGAGCGAACUGGUAAAAAUAAUUCGGCGCCGGCUGCAGCUGAAUCCUACCCAGGCUUUCUUCCUGUUGGUGAACCAGCACAGCAUGGUGAGCGUUUCCACCCCCAUCUCUGAGAUCUACGAGCAAGAGAAGGAUGAAGACGGCUUCCUCUACAUGGUCUAUGCCUCGCAAGAGACCUUUGGCUACUAAGCCCUUAAGCCACCAGAGGACUGACUCCAAACUGUUGCAUAAAUAAUACCCCCAACUCCCCCCACUUCGGCAAACAGUGCCGUGAGAGGGUUGUGGCCCAGAAGCAGCACAAAAGUGACCUGUGCUCCUCUACCCCUCACAGUGCAACAGACCAAGAUAGUUCGGUGUGUAUGUGAACAUGUGACCCACGAAUCUCGACUUUUUCCUCGACAUUGCUCCGCCCCUUGUGUGUGACAUUCAUUGCUCUGUUUCACUUUCCGUACUGCGUGCGCUCUCUCUCUCUGUUGUCAUAAUGUCCUUUUUCUUAGUCCAAUGCCAAAUCAACAUGGCUUCUGGCAGGCAGAGGAUGAAAUGAAACAUUUCCUUACCUGCCUGGGGAAGAGGAAG